AUGGAUAGAUUGGCGCAAGGGAAGGGCAGUGUGGGUCCAACGAGGCCACCUAUCCUGGCUUUGAAAAAGCGCACUAUAGGGCGGUCGUCGUUGUAUGUGUGCGUGCGUGAUGGUGAACGUCAACGGACCCGCGCAUGUGUGACCGAAGUCUGCGGAGCUGGUGGACUGUUCUCGAGGUUAUCUGGGCGUGAAGCGACGUCGCCAUCACACGAUGUACGCGAACCGUGCGCUUCAUCAAGCGCUUGGGCUUUUUGCGAUUGCUCGUCGACAUUUUGCGAUUGCUCAUCGGCGGAGUCCGGGUGA